AUGUCGACGUCGAACAGUCGCCGGAUAAAGGAAGGCGGCGCUGAAGGCGGAAGAAUCACCGCUGCAACAUCAAGAUCCUCUAGAUCCCUUACACCCGUCUCCACAAAGUCUAUUUUUAUGGGAUCCACGGGAAAAGAGAACCAGAGGCCGACGUCCCGGGUCCGGGCUGCGACCCAGAAGCCCCUUAAUAUGCCGAUUGCCCGGGUCAACAAGUCUGCAACCGUCGUGGAGGCGGAGUCACGUUCAGAGCCGCGUACCAGGCGGUCUACUACGUCGGUGCCCAGAGGUAGGAGCUCUAGUCCCUUUGUAAUUACUAGGGAUUUAUCUGAUUUGAAAAAAAAUUCUAGGGUUUCAGUGGGCCCACCACAAAGGAAAGGGAACGAUUCUAAGGGUUUGAGUGGAAAAAUGGACGAAAGAUUUGAUCUUGGGAAAAGGGGUUCAAAAGAUUCCGGGAGAAAUGGGGGAAAAUGUGAAGUAGAUGAGAAUUCUCAAGAAAAUGGGAAACUUAAGUUUAGGGUUGGGAGUAAUGAUAAUGAGAAAAGGAAGGGAGAUUUCAAUUCAAAUUUAAAGCAAAAUUCAAAUUUUAGAACUUCUGGUGAAAAUACCAUUUUAAAUAUAUCUGGUGCAAAAAUUAAGGGUUCAGCAGAUAAGAAGAAAUCUUCUAUGCGAGUGCCUGAAUUGAGGUCAAGUUCAAGAGAGCGGAAAAGGGUGAAUAAUGUAAGUAAUAUGUCAACUCUGUCAAGAGAGAAUGGAGUGAAUAAGUAUCCCAGCAAGCUUCAUGAAAAGCUUGCAUUUUUGGAAGGGAAAGUGAAAAGGAUAGCGUCGGAUAUUAAGAGGACUAAAGAGAUGUUGCACACAAGUGAUCCAGAUGCUUCAAAAAUGAUGCUAUCUGAUAUUCAGGAGAAGAUCUCUGGGAUUGAAAAGGCCAUGUGCCAUGUUGUUGGCAAUGAAGAAGCUGUGAAUAUAGAGCUGGUUAAAAGUGUUGAAAAUGAGGAAAAAAAGGUAGAGAAACAAGUACUUGAUGUGGAAAGGUCAGUUAAUGGGGUGGUAAAUGGUGAAGAAAUGGAAGCACAGUUAUUUCCUCAUCAUAAGUUGAUUAGGGACCAGACAUUGUCAAAGACAUUGGGAGGAUUUGAGACUCAUGAGUUAGAAGUUGGAGAAUCCACAAGUGCAUUGAGUGUGGAGGAGAAGAAGAUGAGUCCUGCAAAUGGGAAUACAAUUGCUUUGGAGCCCCUGACCUCUCUGAGCAAGGAGGAAACUACUGGUACAGAGACUAAUAAGGUUCAUGAAAUGGAUGAUCCCGUGAGUUCUGUAGCUCAAAAUUAUUCUCUAGGUUUAUUAAAUGGAAAAGCUGAUAUUGAUGCUAUGCUUAUGGCUGAUGAAAAUCUUAAUGAGUUUGAUGAUCAAGAGAGAGUGCCGACAAUGAUAUGUGAGGAGGAGGUUGAAGAUAUGUGCAUGUAUCAGUUGAAUGACAUUGGAAGCAAGACAUCAACAGGAGGAUGGUUUGUGUCAGAAGGAGAAUCUGUUCUUCUAGCUCAUAGUGAUGGCUCAUGUUCUUUCUAUGAUAUUACCAACUGUGAGGAGAAGGCUGAAUACAAGCCUCAUGCUGGAGUCUCCCCAAACAUGUGGAGAGAUUGUUGGAUGAUCCGUGCCCCUAGUGCAGAUGGUUGCUCUGGUAGAUACGUGGUGGCAGCAUCUGCUGGGAAUUCCAUGGACUCAGGUUUCUGCUCAUGGGAUUUUUAUACCAAAGAGAUACAAGCUUUUCAGAUUGAGGAUGAAACUGGCUUUACAAGAACAGCCCUUGCUCCCUUAUCUAACAACAACAUGUACAGAAGAAAUGCUCUGUCAACAAUCAUGGCUACCGAAAACAGACAAUGGUGGUACAGACCUUGUGGACCUCUUAUGAUAUCCACUGCCAGUAGUCAAAGGAUGGUGCGAAUUCAUGAUAUUCGUGAUGGAGAUCAUGUUAUGAAAUGGGAGUUGCAGAAGCCUGUGCAGGCCAUGGAUUAUGCAAGCCCUUUGCAAUGGAGAAACAGAGGAAAAGUUGUAAUAGCUGAGACAGAUACUCUCUCUCUAUGGGACGUGAGCGCUCAGAGUCCUCAGGCAUUGCUGUCAGUUUCUUCCUGUGGUCGAAAAAUUUCUGCACUCCAUGUGAAUAAUACGGAAGCAGAAUUUGUUGGAGUAAGGCAGAGAGUUAGUACGUCCGAGGCAGAAGGAAAUGAUGGUGUGUUCUGCACUUCGGAUUCUAUUAACGUCCUAGACUUCCGGCACCCAUCUGGUAUAGGUCUUAAGAUACCCAAAGAUGGGGCGAAUGUGCACUCAGCUUUCUCUAAUGGAGAUUCUAUAUACACCGGAUGCACAAAUUUAAUGGCGGCAAGAAAACAGUCAUCCUCCCAGAUUCAACAGUUCUCGUUGCGCAAGCAGAGGCUUUUUAGCACGUACUCAUUACCAGAAUCGAAUGCUCAUUACCAUUUCUCAGCAUUAACACAAGUUUGGGGAAAUUCGAACAUUGUCAUGGGAGUUUGUGGACUCGGUUUAUUUGUUUUCGACUCCUUGAAGGAAGAUGGACUACCUUUAACAAUGGAUUAUGGGAACAUGCAAACUGUGAAAGAAAUGGUUGGACCAGACGACAUGUAUUCCCCUUCUUUUGAUUUUUCGGCAUCUAGAGUUCUCCUCAUAUCAAGAGAUCGCAUGGCUAUGUGGAAGUACUUAUCGCAGUAA